AUGUGGCCUAGCAGCACCCUUUCAACGAUCGAAAAUUACCGAGCUGCAAGGAAUAACACAAGUCCAGUGUUCUUCACGCGAAAUCAUCCAUGGUUACUUGUCGCUCGACGGCAAAACGCUGCCCUGCUCGCGUAUAUUCUUCAUCUCGACACGCCUAAGAAAUUACGACGUAUUGGUGAAGCUCAAGUCAAGUUCGAGUUCAAGAACAGCAGUCCAGGAAGCCCAUUGCCCCAGAUAUGUCUCCUCGUUAGCACAUCUGCCGAAGAGUCCAAACUUACCGGCUAUGGACUAUCAGCUGGAACCAGCCAGUUUGUCAGCGUCGAGGGCUCGGCAAAAUGGGAGAAGACGGUCAGACAAACAAGAAACGACGCUGCUAGAGUAGCUGGUGGUUUUCUCUGCAACGACUACGGCAAGCAAGUGGGUGCUCAGUGGAUCCUCUUUGAGAACAAGUUAGUAGCUUCGGGCACACCGAGAUUUAUGCGCUUUGCGAUUCUGCUCGACAGGGAAGACGACGAGGAGGAAUUCGAGUGCAAAGUCACUAUCAGUGCCAGUGGGGAUUGGAAGACGGCGUUGGAAGGAUUGGUUGGGUCUACGCCGCGCGAUGAUCCUAUCCUGUUUAACCCGACUUUGCCGCCUACGAACAAGCUUCGAAAGGCUUACGAUAUCGAGGAUCUAGGAUCUCUAGACUUGGAUGAGUUUGAUAAGCCGCUGAAGAAGGUCGGGGAGAAUUCAGCUUGA